AUGAAGAAAUGUGCAAGAGAACAAUCUAUCUGCUUCUCUUUCUUCCUCCUAGUUUGUGGACAGGCCCCUCUGAACACUCGUAUUGUGGGCGGUGUAGAUGCAUUUGAGGGUUCAUGGCCGUGGCAGGUCAGUCUGCACAGCUCCAACUUCGGAGGUCAUUUUUGUGGAGGCUCCCUCAUCAACAGUGAAUGGGUGCUGACUGCGGCUCACUGUUUACCUGGUGUCAGUGCAUCUGAUCUACUUGUGUACCUAGGAAAGAGAAUACAGCAAGGAGUCAAUACCUAUGAAAUCAGUAGAAAUGUAAUCUCCAUCAUCGUCCACCCCUCCUACAAUAGUCAAACCAGUGACAAUGACAUCGCUCUGCUCCGGCUGUCCUCCGCAGUCAUUUUUAAUGACUAUAUUAGACCCGUGUGUCUGGCGGACCAGAGCAGUGUCUUCCCUUCUGGCACCAGCAGCUGGAUCACAGGCUGGGGAGAUGUUCAAGCUGGAGUGAGUUUACCUUCUCCUGGGAUCCUGCAGGAGACUUUGGUUCCAGUGGUAGCUAAUGAUCAGUGUAAUACUCUUCUGGGUUCUGGAUCUGUUACCAGUAACAUGAUGUGUGCUGGUUUAACACAGGGAGGCAAAGACACCUGCCAGGGAGACUCUGGAGGUCCAAUGGUGAGCAGGCAGUGUUCGGUGUGGGUUCAGUCUGGUAUCACCAGCUGGGGUUAUGGCUGUGCUGAUCCCAACUCUCCUGGUGUUUACACCCGCGUUUCACAGUAUCAGAGCUGGAUCACAAACAACGUUGGCCAAAACUUUCCAGGAUUCUUCAUUUUUAAUACUUCAAGCACAUGCCAGUCUGUUUCUGUGGCCUCACCUGCUUUUACUACAUCACCUAUUUCUGCUGCCACAAUUGCUUCUGCUGCAUUGCCUGUUUCUACUACCUCACGAGUUUCUGCUACCUCAAGAACUACUACUUUGAGACCUCCACCCAAUCAGUGUAACUCUCUUUCACACAUGUACACAUAA